AUGAAGGAGUACCUUCUGCGGCAAAGCUAUGCUGCUUGUAGAGGCAUCAGUGGCCUUCCCACCCAUCAGCCAUGGCGCUUGAACUCGCUUGUUACCAGUAUACAGCAUCCUCCUAGCAGCAUACGGCUAAGAUCCAGUCAAGCCACGACAGGGAUCGUUCCCACUGCUUCUGAUGAUGAACCGCAAGGUCGAUCAGUGUCACGGCUCGAGAGCUAUGCUCCUCUCGCCUUAGACCCCAAGUAUGCAGUGUCAGGCAUCGUCACAGACCUCAGCACCACCAGGCCAAUCCCUCUAAAUGCCCCCGAGCCGCCUCACCCUCUUGCCUGGCCCAGCGAGGAGAGCUUAAACCCAAAAGACUGGGACUUCCGCUACCUCUUUUCUCUGGGGAAAGCCUACCUGGCCCUCUACAAAACCGGUGUCAAAAAUGUAUGGAACAACUGGACCACCAUGAAACAGAUCAAGGAGCGACUGAAGGGCACAGGUCUCAACGCUGCUGCACUAGAUCCAGAGAGUCCCAAACUAUCCUACAACGAGUACGAAUUGAUCCUUAGAACACGACGAGACCUCCGCAAAUUCAUCCCCUUCGGCCUCAUCUUCAUCAUAUGCGGCGAGUUCACUCCUCUACUCAUUGUCGCCCUUGGCUCAAAAGUCGUCCCAGGCACCUGUGUCAUCCCCAAACAGCAAGAGAACGACAUACAAAAAAUGCUUCGACGGUUCGAGAUCUACGAGCAGAAGUCCGCCGAACUGCGCCACGGCAUCGACACCUCCAAAUCCAUCUCCGAGAAACAGGAAUUGACCACCGACACCACCAAAUCCCAACAGAGCAUCGAUCUCCUCAAACUCUACAGAUACGGCUUCUACCCACGUCCAACAGAGAGCCAAAUUCCCAUCCUACGAUCCUACCUCAUCGCCAGCGCCAGGUCGAAACUCGCUCAACACGGCACUGAGCUUCUCGCCGAAGCCACCAUGAUCAGCCGAGAAGGGGGAUGGACGAAGAGGUCACCACAAGACAUGUUCGAAUGGGGGACCAAGUACAGCCUAAAUGCUUUGCUCGACUGGACGCGCAACGCUAAAGCUCAGGGUAAAGAACUGGUCUCUGAGGAGAUGAAGGAGGCUCUUCUGCCGGCUUUCGAAGAGGCUACUCAUGCGCUGCUCUAUGAAACCGAUUGGUCGAAGAUACCUGUGGAGGAGCGAUGGCGUCAGGCUGUAAAUGUUGGUGAUUCCAAGCCUUUGUAG